AUGAACAAGCAAGAUAUGAACAAGCAAGAUAUGAACAAGCAAGAUAUGAACAAGCAAGAUAUGAACAAGCAAGAUAUGAACAAGCAAGAUAUGAACAAGCAAGAUAUGAACAAGCAAGAUAUGAACAAGCAAGAUAUGAACAAGCAAGAUAUGAACAAGCAAGAUAUGAACAAGCAAGAUAUGAACAAGCAAGAUAUGAACAAGCAAGAUAUGAACAAGCAAGAUAUGAACAAGCAAGAUAUGAACAAGCAAGAUAUGAACAAGCAAGAUAUGAACAAGCAAGAUAUGAACAAGCAAGAUAUGAACAAGCAAGAUAUGAACAAGCAAGAUAUGAACAAGCAAGAUAUGAACAAGCAAGAUAUGAACAAGCAAGAUAUGAACAAGCAAGAUAUGAACAAGCAAGAUAUGAACAAGCAAGAUAUGAACAAGCAAGAUAUGAACAAGCAAGAUAUGAACAAGCAAGAUAUGAACAAGCAAGAUAUGAACAAGCAAGAUAUGAACAAGCAAGAUAUGAACAAGCAAGAUAUGAACAAGCAAGAUAUGAACAAGCAAGAUAUGAACAAGCAAGAUAUGAACAAGCAAGAUAUGAACAAGCAAGAUAUGAACAAGCAAGAUAUGAACAAGCAAGAUAUGAACAAGCAAGAUAUGAACAAGCAAGAUAUGAACAAGCAAGAUAUGAACAAGCAAGAUAUUAACAAGCAAGAUAUGAACAAGCAAGAUAUGAACAAGCAAGAUAUGAACAAGCAAGAUAUGAACAAGCAAGAUAUGAACAAGCAAGAUAUGAACAAGCAAGAUAUGAACAAGCAAGAUAUGAACAAGCAAGAUAUGAACAAGCAAGAUAUGAACAAGCAAGAUAUGACCAAGCAAGAUAUGAACAAGCAAGAUAUGAACAAGCAAGAUAUGAACAAGCAAGAUAUGAACAAGCAAGAUAUGAACAAGCAAGAUAUGAACAAGCAAGAUAUGAACAAUAAAUUAUAA